AUGUCGAAGAUCCAGGUUUUGUUGGUCGGUGCAGCGGGUGAAACCGGAGGUUCGAUCGCAAAUGGACUUCUCGAUGAUGGCAAAUUCGACGUCAUCGCCCUGGUCCGCCCGGCCUCCAUCCACAAGCCCGCCAUCCAGCGACUGUCCGACAAGGGAAUCCACAUCCGCAAAUGUGACCUCAAGGCCCCCGAGGAGCACCUGAUUGAGGCUCUGGCCGAAAUCGACGUCGUCAUCAGCUGUGUCGGCCCCGCCGAGCAGCAGGACCAGAUUCCGUUGGCCAAGGCCGCGAAGAAGGCCGGCGUCAAGCGGUUCAUUCCUUGCGGUUUCAUCACCGUGGCGCCCCCUGGUGGGGUGAUGUGGCUGCGCGACGAGAAAGAAAUUGUCUACAACCAGAUCCGCCAGCUGUGGCUCCCCUACACCAUCGUCGAUGUCGGCUGGUGGUACCAGCUGUCCUACCCCCGUCUCCCCUCCGGCCGCGUCGACUAUGCCAUGACCUCCGGCAACGAUGAGAUCAUUGGUGAUGGUAACAUGCCCACCGCUCUCACCGACCUGCGAGACAUCGGUCGCUACAUGGCCAUGAUUAUUCUCGACCCCCGCACCCUCAACAAGAAGAUUCUCGCCUACAAUCUGGUCUCGACCCAGAACGAGAUCUACAGCUUGAUGGAGGAGAUUGCGGAGGAGAAGGUCGACCGCAACUACGUCCCCGAGGAAACCAUCUGCAGUCGAGUCGUCGCCGCCCGCCAGGCCAGUGAAACCUAUCCCUUCGACCCGAUCAAGUUCAUCCCCCGCUAUCUCGCCGAAUACCAAUACUCCUGGGGCAUCCGCGGCGACAACAACCCCGAGUACGCCAAGUACCUGGGCUACCACCUCACCACCGAGUUGUAUCCCGACUUCCAGCCCACCGAUUUCCGCGAGUAUUUAGAGUCGGUCAUCCGCGGUACCGCCAAGGGUGUCUACCAGGACCGUGUCAUUUCCCGCAAGCACCAGCGACACUUCCCGCGCACCGAGUCCAGCGACUCCCUAUACACUCGCAUUUUCCCCCGGACCGAGUCGAGCGAUUCUCUCAUGUCGCGAUGA